UCAUAGCCACAUAACAAAAUGUUUAAAAAAUUAUUUCCCAACUAGGAAAAACAUGAUGAAGAGGUGCUAUUGAAGGAGAGGGAGACAGCAAGUCUUCAAUUCUCACUGCUCGCCCAUGGCUCAUACUGCAGAGCAGAAGAGGCUUCAGAUGACAACGAUGAAGAUCUAUGUGCCAUCACAACAGAUACAACAGAUGAUGUUAACAUUCAUCUCACAUGUGAUUCAGGCAUGCAGUGUGAAGAUGACCCCCUCCUCCUCGAAAACAGGGAGCUGAGACAGGAGAUAAGUCGACUAAGGGAGGAACUUGGCAGGCACAAAUGGGGUGUUGAACGCAUCAAAGACAAUGAUGGAAUGACAAAGUUCUACACAGGAUUACCGUCAUUUGCCAUCUUUUUGUGGCUGUUCAAUUACCUUGCACCUAAAUGCUCAAGAAUGACCUACUGGAGAGGACAAGGCCAAACUACUGCCAGUGAUAGGGUAAUGCGAAUCAGUUUUCUACUGACGAUGUCUAUAGGACCCAAGAAAUAGCACAGCUUCGCAUACAUGUAGAGAGGAGCAUUGAAAGAGUUAAGAAUUUCCACGUUUUGGAAGGAGUGGUCCCCCUUAGCAUUGUGCCUCUCAUCAAUAAAAUUUUUCAAGUUUGUUGUUGGUUAACAAAUUUGGAUUUGCCACUAGUUGAUGGAAAAAAGCCAACUUCAGAAGAUUCUUGAGUAAGUGAUGAAAAGUUAUAUAUAUUUUAU